AUGGCGAAUGCCGAAGUGAGCGUCCCUGUGGGUGAUGUGGUGGUUGUACCAAGUGACGGAAACGAAGGGGAGAACCCGGAGGAUACCAAAACCCAAGUGAUCUUGCAGCUCCAGCCGGUGCAGCAAGGGAUUUACCAAGAGGGCUCCGAGGCCAGCGUUUUCGAAACCCACACCAUCCACAAGCUAGAAGAAGGGAUCGACCCCAGCACCAUUGAAACGAACGAGGAAAUCGAGAUUGCCUAUCCCAUCACCUGUGGGGAGAGCAAAGCCAUCCUGCUCUGGAAGAAGUUUGUCUGUCCAGGAAUUAAUGUCAAGUGUGUAAAGUUCAAUGACCAACUGAUCAGCCCGAAGCAUUUUGUUCACCUGGCUGGGAAGUCUACCCUAAAGGACUGGAAGAGAGCCAUUCGCCUUGGAGGAAUCAUGCUGAGGAAGAUGAUGGACUCGGGGCAAAUCGACUUCUACCAGCACGACAAAGUUUGUACCAACACCUGUCGAAGCACCAAGUUUGAUCUCCUGAUCAGCAGCGCCAGAGCACCGGUGCCGGGGCAGCAGAGCGUGGUGCAGACUCCUACAUCAGCUGACGGGAGCAUCACCCAGAUCGCGCUGUCGGAGGAGAGCAUGGAGGAGGGGAUCGAGUGGAACUCGGCUCUGACGGCUGCCGUCACCAUGGCCACUGAGGAAGGCAUGAAAAAGGACACGGAUGAGAUCUCGGAGGACACGCUGAUGUUCUGGAAGGGAAUAGCUGAUGUGGGGCUGAUGGAAGAGGUCGUAUGCAACAUCCAGAAGGAGAUAGAAGAAGUCCUAAGAGGAGUCCAGCAGAGAUUGGGUCAGUCUCCCUUCCAGAUGACAGAUGCUGCAGUCUUGAACAACGUUGCCCACACGUUUGGCCUAAUGGACACAGUCAAGAAGGUUCUGGACAACAGGAAAAACCAGACAGAGCAGGGAGAGGAACAGUUUCUUUACACGCUGGCAGACCUGGAGCGGCAGCUGGAAGAGCAGAAGAAACUCGCCAAAGACCAGAAGGCGAAGUCCCAAACCAUCCAGAACGUGGUGCUGAUGCCCGUCAGCGCUCCCAAACCCCCCAAGAGACCCCGCCUGCAGCGCCCAGCCUCCGCGACCGUCCUCAGCCCUUCCACCCCCAUCCAGCAACCUCAGUUCACGGUCAUCUCACCCAUCGCCAUCGCACCCGUCGGACAACAGUUCUCCGUGGGCAACAUCCCAGUGGCGACUAUUAGCCAAGGCUCCAGCCCGGUGACUGUUCAUACCUUGCCGUCUGGUCUCCGAUACGCCACCGUGGUGUCCUCCUCCAAAACCAGCUCCUCUGACACGGUCACCCUCCACCCAUCCUCCAGCCUGGCGCUGCUGAGCUCGGCGGCCGUGCAGGACAGCGGUGCCCUGGCGAAUAUGGCAGCUGUGGUCAAUCCCGUGGAAUUGGUGGCCAUGGAAUCCGGCCUCACUUCCACCAUCCAAGCCGUGGAAGGUACCUCGGACGACGGACAAACCAUCAUAGAGAUUGACCCGGCGCCAGAUCCCGAAGCGGAUACGGAUGAGUCGGAAGGCAAAGCUGUGAUCCUGGAGACAGAGCUGAGGACUGAGGAGAAAGUGGUGGGAGAUGUGGAGGACCAUCAGCACCAGGUCCAUAACGUGGAGAUUGUGGUCUUGGAGGACUAG